UGUCAUGACUUGGGUAUAUUUGGUACUCUGCCCAGUGUCCACUCAUGUGAAAAGGCCAUUCUUCUGCACUGGCCUGCGCUGAGUUUAGCAUCAUGGGAAUGACUGCCAACACUGUCAUACCAGCUCAAUUCCCAUGAGAAAACAUUUGAGUUGAACCAAAUAAAACAAACGGAAGGGAGUAGAAAAUUUGAGAUAACAUGUUGAAAGAAAGACAGAGACGUAGCUAUGAAACUGUCAUUUUUUUACCUACAGCCUAAUAAGUCAGGAUGAGAGAGGACAGGAUAGUGUGCUGGGGAGGGAGACUAAUCUGUACCAAAGAGCAGUCUCUGAGCACACUCUCAUGGACAGACGAUAAAGACCGGUAAAGGUUGUGUUGCCACCUAGUGGACAAUUGCAAUUUCACUCAGCAAAUGUCACUCAGUCUGUUUUAUAUGUCCUACUUGCACUUCAGUAAUAUUGUAAAGAAGUGAAUGAAUGCACACAUCUUUUUUUAAAUCCAAGUUAGAUUAUGGUAUUAUGCUUGAUUUCAUAUCAAGAAUAAACAUGAUCAAUUAGAAUACAGGAUAGACAUUUUCAAUGAACAUCAUUUUCAAUGGAAUCAAUCCCAUAGACACGCAUAAUGCUUGAAUUCUUGUGACUCAGUGAGCACUUUGUCGCUUUUCGUCUGCCUUGAGUAAAUCUUGUAGCCCGUGACCUUUUGUGACCUUACGUGACCUGAGAAGAUACUUGAGGAAAGCCAUAGCCAGGUAAAUGUAGAGGUGGGUGGGAAUGGCAUGUGAUGUCACGGCUAGACACGGUGGGAAAAGCAACAGGUAGCUCAAUGUAUGCUAGCGUUCCUGACUGUAGCAUCACAGACCACACCUGUGAAGAUGGCCCAGGUUAAGUCACCAGUGGAUGGUGUCAAGAGUCAGCAGCAGCGUGCAGAGAUGUACUCUGAUAUUACCAUCGUCAGCUCCAGCGCAGAUGUGGGCAGCCCAGCCAGAAAAGGCCCAUUUGACAGUAUGGCCCUAGGGCUCAGCAGACGUGGGAGAGCCUACCCAUCCCCAGCGCGCAGGCGCCAUCGCACCACCUUCAGUCGCAAGCAGCUGGACCAGCUGGAGAUGGCGUUUGGACAGAACCACUACCCCGACAUCUACUGCCGUGAGGAACUAGCGCGGCUCACUAAACUCAAUGAGGCACGCAUACAGGUAUGGUUCCAAAAUCGCCGUGCCAAAUACCGCAGGCAGGAGCGUGCGUCUCAGAAGCUCUUGCCAAUGGCCAUGAUGCCAGGGCAUGGGGCACUGUUGGGCAGCAUGUGUGUUCAGUCCACAGGGUUGACCCGUCAGUACUACCCUCACUCCCUGGCUCACCAUAUCCCCCGGUUCCCCUCUAUGCUGCCCUCAGGUGGUUACUCCCACCACCCAGGCUCAGCCAGCCAGUGUUCCUGCCCCACAGUGCCACCAGAGCCACAACUCCCCCGCCAGCACGAGGAGUGGUACAGCCCGCUACGGAACAUUGGAGCCCCACCCAGCAACCUGGCCACGCCUGUGUUCUCCCUGACCUCCAUGCCUGCUCUAGACCCUGGCUCUCACUGGAACUAAAGAAAGAGUAACUUCUACGUCGGGAGGUAGACAAGCUCUUAUAGGCUGUUUCUCGAAGAACUAACAGUUAUUCAUUGCACCUUAGAUUAGAUGACAAAAUACAGUUGUUUGUAUCUAUGCAGUGAUAGCUAGUAACUAAAGAACAGGAAGAAUUUAGAGAAUAGUGAGAAUGACUUAACUCCUUCUCCCAUUGAAUACCUGACAUUGCAUGUUUUCUGUGACUAGCAGAUUAAAGUUCAGGGUAGACUAACUGAGAGAAAGACAUUUGUGGGUAAUCUUGAAUUAUCCAUAUGGAUUGUCUGAAAUAUAUGCUAUACAUCUUUCUCCUAACAAUGCCUUUUGUAUUUUCACAGUAAAUAAAGUAGUGUGUAUUGGGA